GCAAAUAGAAAUCCAGUCUACAAGCGGCUGUCUCGUUCAGCAUUCUCUGAGGAGCAAAAGCUCAAGAUCUACCACAGCUGCUGAAAUCAUACAGGAUAACUGCAAACUUCAGCUGCUGAGGCCCAAUGAGAAACGGUGGAACUCCCUCUUCUUUGCUGUGGAGAGGAUUGUGAGAAUCCUAAAGGAACAAGGAGAAGGAGCAAUUACAGCUGUCUGCAGGGCGCUAAAGAUUCCUAUGUUCACUCCUGUUGAGCUUGCUUUUUUGGCAGAGUAUACCAAGACCAUGAGCCCAUUUGCAAAAGCGCUUGAUGUUCUCCAGGGAGAGGCCAAUGUGCAGAUGGGAUGGUUGGUACCUACAAUAAAACUACUCCAGGCGAAGCUCCAGCACCUCUGCAUUUCCUCCGAAUCCUGUAGGCCUUUGAUUGAAGCACUUCUAGCAGGCCUUGAAAGACGUUUUGGACAGAUGCUCACAGAUCCAGAGCUAAUUGCCGCUGCCAUUCUCGUCCCCAAAUUCAAGACCUGCUGGACAAGUGAUGAAUGUGUCCUAAAACUGGGCCUUGACUACAUCAAAAGUCACCUGAAGGAACAAGUUGUGGUGAUGACUGAAGGAUGUGAUACCUACCAUUCUUCGGAGGAGGAGGACUUUUUUUCAGCAAUCAAGCAGUCCAUUCCCCAAGAAAAUACCAGACAGCUGGAGACCUACCUGGGGUGCCCAGGUGAUACAACGGAUGUACUGAAGUCUUUCCCGGCAGUAUGCCGCCUGUCAUUGACGCUUAACACGGCACUACCUGCCUCCGCUGCCUGCGAGAGACUGUUCAGCACUGCAGGGCUGAUUUUUACACCAAAAAGGGCACAUGUUGAUUCCAAGAACUUUGAAAAUCAGCUUCUUUUGAAGCUAAACAAAGGUUUCUGGUAGUAUUGGAUUCUCUCUCUGUAUCACGCGAACACACAUUCACACUGAUACUCAUGUGUACAUACAUACACAUAUACACACACACACACACACACACAGUACAUUGAUGCUAAAAAAGGUUCUGGUUGUUAUGUUAAUUAUGCCUUGGAAGUUAUUCCACAGGUUUUGAAGGGUCUUAGGGUUUCACCCAACAUCAAGCACACACAGACUUUGAGGUAUACAUGUGAUCACUUGCGGUCUCUCUCUCCCUGUCCCUGAGAUUUGCCUUAAUCGCUGAGCUCCUGCUCUCCAUGGGAAAGCCUUUUUGCUCAAGACUUUUCACCAGUGUGACUUUAUAUGAUUUUAUAAAGAAAAGUGUAUCAUAUUUGUUUGUAAAUAUACUGUAUCUAAAAACAAAAAUGUUUUCACUCACUCACUGUCCUACACACAAUUAUGUUAUGACACGUUAAGCAUUACAGAUGGUGUGUAUAUCUGUUCUGUACAUAAUUACGUUAUGACACUUUACACUAUACAGAAGGUCUGUAUAUCCUAGUUGCUCCCAAGUUCUUUAAGGACAAAUCCAUGCAUAUUUACAGAUUUGAAGGCAUACAUCACUUGCCAUUUUUCUUUUGCUGGAUGUCUAUUUGCAUAUCAAUAAAAAAAAAUAAUAGAAUGCACAUUGAAUUUGUAAUUUCUCCAACUUGUUUAGCACUUCAAUUGUAAAAAUUGUGAGCCUGACAUAUUACAUUUAUUAUUAUUAGCACUCCAUGUUCAAAGAUUUACUAGCUGUCAGUUUAUUUCUAAUACACUGCUGCCAUCCAUUAGUUGUACUCUAAAAGUAUGCAGAACUUACAUGUAGAUUCCUUUAAAUGUUAAGGGCAAGUUU